ACAGUUGCAGAAUUGCACCAUUGGAUGUUACCAAAGAAGAAAUAGACAAAAGAAAUAGUUGUACUCUAAAACUCACUAAUCUGCCAUAUGGCACAACAGCAUAUGAUUUACAUGAUAUUAUGUUAGCAGUAAAGGCUAAAACUUGUCACCAUGAACAUCAAAAACCUAUUCAAAACAAACCAUUCAAUAACGAAAUAGAUAUGUUCAAAAAAAGUGCUUCUGCAAGCACCAGAUACUUUACCCCAAAAAUUACAUGUUGGGCAGUCCUUGGAAAAAAAUAA